GUGCGGUGCUCGCUUCUCCGUUUACUCGGAUGUUGUGUGCUGCCCAGUGCGCAGCCUUGUAGGCACAGCGAGGGGGCGGAACUGUUUCCGGACUUGGAGCUCAGCUUUCUCCGGUUCCGCACGCAGCCCAGUCUGACCGCCAGGCUCGGCACCGGAGCCGGGGCAGGGCAGGUGGAGCAGGAACAACCAGCCUAAAGACGAGGGCAGGGUGUUGGCGCCACAUUAAAGGCGUGCGCAUCCCUGUUCCCCAGGGUCGUGACUUACCUGCACCGUGCAACGCCAGUGACAGACUCACAGAAAGAGGGAGGAACACGGAGGAGGAGAGAGGGGAGCAUCACUGCUGAGGGAGAUGGCGGAGUGCGGGCGGAAGGCGCUGUCUCUCCUGGAAGCGGCCCGCUCCCGGUAUGAGAGCCUGCAGAUAUCCGACGACGUGUUCGGCGAGUCCGGCGACGACAGCAGCGACAACCCCUUCUACAGCACCUCCGGGGACUCCGACUCCGACAACUACAUAGCCGAGGCGGGCGAGGAAGAGCACCACCACCACCAGAAGCGGAGCGACAAGGACUACGGGCACAGCGGGGGAGCCGGUGGGGGCACCAGCGGAGCSGGUCCCCCGGGCUCCCUGUCGCGUAGCCAGGCGGAGGAGGAGGGCUGGACGGAGACACUGCAGGAUGUCACGGUGCCGCUGUACAAAGAGACAUACGGCCCCACUCAGAAGAUGCCAGGCACAGCCACCGCCUUGGACUUCUUCCAGCUCUUUGUUCCCGACAACUGCAUCCAGAACAUGGUCACCCAGACCAACAUGUACGCCAAGAAGUUCCAGGAACGAUUYGGCUCCGAGGAAGGCUGGUGUCCGGUCACAGCCCAGGAGAUGAAGGCCUUCUUGGGCUUCGUCAUCUCCACCAGCGUGCACCGCUGCGAGUCGGUGCUCAGCAUCUGGAGCUCGGGCUUCUUCAGCAACCAGAGCAUCGCCCUGAAGAUGAGCCARUCCCGCUUCGAGAAGAUCCUCAAGUACUUUCACAUCGUGGCGUUCCGGCCAUCCCAGGGAAGCAACCAGGGCCUUUACAAGAUCCAGCCUUUCCUGGACUCGCUGCAGCAGUCGUUCAGCUGCACMUUCAGACCAUCGCAGACACAGGUCCUGCACGAGCCAUUGAUAGACGAGGACCCCGUGUUCAUCACCACCUGCACAGAAAGAGAGCUGAGGAAGAGGAAGAAGAGGAAGUUCAGCCUCUGGGUUCGACAGUGCUCCUCCACAGGAUUCAUCUGUCAGGUUUCGGUCCAUCUGAAGGAGGGCACAGACAGUCUGGCCACCUUGAAGAACAAACCUCAGCUCCACAGCCUCGUGGCCAAGCAGCUUUGUCAGAACAUCUCCGGCAAGAACGCCAUCAUCUUCACCGGGCCGUCCAUCACGAGCCUCGGCCUCUUCACAGAAUUCAGCAAACAAGAUAUCUUCUGCUGCGGUUUGCUGAGCACCAGAAAGAGCGACUGCACAGGCCUACCCCAAAGCAUGCUGGUCUGCAGCUCCACGCCAGCGCAGCGGGGCCAGUCCCACGUGAUGAUGAAAGGCAGCAUGUCCCUGAUCAGCUGGUACAACAAGGGACACUUCAGGUUCCUCACCAACGCUUACUCCCCAACAAAACAAGGUAUGAUCAUUAAGAGAAAAAGUGGAGAAAUCCCAUGUCCCUUGGCUGUUGAGGCGUUUGCCGCUCAUCUCAGCUACAUCUGCAAAUACGACGACAAGUACAGCAAGUAUUUUAUCUUYCAUAAGCCAAAUAAGACCUGGCAGCAGGUGUUCUGGUUGAGCAUCAGCAUCGCCAUCAACAACGCGUACAUCCUCUACAAGAUGUCCGACGCCUACACGGUGAAGCGCUACAGCCGAGCGCAGUUCGGAGAGAGACUGGUCCGGGAGCUGCUGGAUCUGGACGACUGCUCCCCCACACAGUGAGACAGGAGGAGGAGGAGGAGGAGGAGGAGGAGGAUCGUGAAGACAAAAGGAGGGCACAGAAAUAGAAACAGGAAUAAAAAUCCCACAAACGGUGGGAUGCAUUCAUUUACACUUGGUUGUACAGACUUGUCAGUCUGGGUCAGUGUGAUAAAACCAAAUCAGUGCCAAGCCCUUAUCUGUCGCUCUGUAACCAGUCCUCCUGUAAAUAUUCAUUAACACUAAACUGCACACCACACUGUAACAGUAACCACACUCAUUUACUAAGAACUUAUCAGCUGAAGCAGGGAGGAAGAAGGGAUCAAUAAAACAAUUUCACACCUAAAUGAUGUCAGCCAUAGUGUGUAUCAACGAGUGAAAUCAUCUCAAACGAGCCUGAAAGUUCCUCUUGUGCAAGUAUUUCARUCCAUCAGGUUAAAAGGCUAAACGAAGCCCACUAAUUACACUUAAAAAAUAAUCUGAGUAAACUGGACACUGCAUGCAUCAAGAAUCUGGAUUGUGAUGUUCUGUUGUUUAGUGUGAAGAUGAUUUCCACUCCAGGUGAGCUUUGUGUGUUUAUAAAGUGGAACUGCCAUAUGUGUGUGUGCGUGCAGGUGCGCGCGCGUGUGUGUGUGAGAGACUUUGAACCUGAGGAUGUAAAUGUAUAGCACUCGUGACCCAAAUGUGUCGUGUUGUUUGCACACUGUGUUUGCUUUUCUGGACGGCUGUCGGUGAAGGUGAAGCCACACACAGCAGUGUCAGCUAUUACACAAAAUAAAGUCCAGACAAGGAAGAUCAAAUCUCCCUUAAAACCUUUGGUUUCUUUUAAAAAAAUUUUUUUGUUCUUUUACAUCCAUUAAAGGAAAUAAUGCAAACAUUAAAAUGGACAUAAAAAAUAAAGAAAAAACACACUAUUUGAAAGUUUGACGUGAAAUGUUUGAGGUUACCAACUUCAAUCCACAWGUGAGACUAACAUUAAAUAAAUGCAUAAUCACCUACCGUGCAUGCUAAGGUUUUACAUAAACACCUGAAGUGACGUGUUACUGCUUGAGUUAUGUGAUGAGGAUGGUUCUCAGCUAUUACUGCAUGAAAUUGUAGCUCAGUGUCUGUCAAGAUGACAAAGUCAUUAGUGCGCUUUUUUAAGGCUGGUCAGCUGUGGCGGCCAUCUUGGAUUUGGUUUGAUUCUAAAAUUUAACCAGCCGUAGAUGUACGUUUAAUGAUUACUUUCUGAGAGGUUCAUUAAAAUUUAUCCCAACUCCAUAAUCGUUCAUAUUUUUAUUAUGUUUUUAUGUGUGUAUGAGUUUGUUAGCUUUUUCAUAAAUUUGAUGCCUCUGUAAAAUUAGAACACUUAAAGAACAUGAGAGUCUAAGUUUUUAGCUCCGUUUACGUGGAAUUUCAGCAGUAUGGUUUUUCUUUGUGGUAAAAYACACCUGUCAGGCAGUGAGCUGAGAGAUUUGGAUAGUAAUGUUUGGCCAGAUUUACUCUAGAUCUGAUGAGGAAAGACGACUCACUGGAGGCUUUAACACUGAACUCAACAAAAACCUUACAUUCUGUGAUAUUUCCAACGAUCAAACAGCGUUUAGACACAUCACCUGUGUUUCAGCUGGUUUCUCCUGGAGCACACUGCUGUCUGUGGCUCACAGUAGGGCUCCUUUUCUUUUGCUUUAAUGGUGGUCAUGUGCUGGAACAUGAAACGUUUCCRUGUGUGCUCGUUCUUCAGCAUGGUUCCACGUGUGAACACUUCUUACUGUAACAUGAUGAUGUUAUGAGUGAUCCAGAGGCAGGACUCGUGCACUUUCCCCCCUCCCCAGCACCACCACCACAGUCUUGCACUUUGAAAGCUGUAACAUUAGGAACACGUUUAUCAGAUCUUUUUUUUAGCUUUAAAGAGAAAAUGAUAUCCACUUAUUACAGAUCAGCUAUAUAUACAGUAUAUAAAAGUAGAAAGAGGAGAUUGUUAAUUUAAAAAAUAAAGACUGAAAAAUAAAAGUAAAAUGAAGGGUUUUCACAGUAGAGUUAAAGUAACUGUGUGUAGUUUGGGUAAAAAAAAGUGAGUAUAUGUGAAUAAUCUGUUACUGAGACUCAAGAUUGUGAUUUUUUUCUAUUUUAUUUACUCUUUUCACCAAUCCAAACUAUUGCUGUUGUCACUUGUGUGUGUGAACCACUGAAUGUUGUCAAUGAAUGUGUCUAAUCACUAUUCACCACCAACUAACACUGUUAUUUUUAUUUUAUCUCUAAUGUCACAUAUUUGUCAACUCAUAAUUUUAAUACAAUGUUUGAUAUUCCUGUAAUUCAUGGCAAUUGUUUUCACUUCAAUGCAAAAAAAAAUUAUGAACUGAAAAGCAAAUCAAAAAAGAAAACACUCAGAAAUAAUAAGAUUGUUUUUAUGCACUUUGUUCAUUAGCAGUAGGCAAAAUCUGGUAGAUUUAUAUAAGAAAUCUCAAUGAAGCAUUUAGGCUUAWUUUGUGUAACAGCUUUUUUUCCUGCAAUAAAUUAAUAAAUUAACAUGUA